UUAUUUAGCUAGUGCUAAGUUAGCAUGGCAAUUAGUACAAGGCUAACGUUUAGCUAGCUAGCGAUCAAAUUUAGCUAACAGCGUUAGAUAGCAGUGAAGGUGGCUAGCAGCUACAGAGAGGCCAGAGCGCUGGAUCCAUUAUCCAACAGCUGGGGCUAGCUUGCCACACUAGCUAACCACCGCAUUGUUAGCUAGCUAGAAUAUUUUGAUUCAGCUGGCAAGCAGACUUGACUGGCUUAACCUUCGACUAGGUGAAGCGAAUAAACGAGUGAUUUCACUGCCAACUAAGUUAUCUUGGUUAGCAAAAUAAUUAUAAUAUGCAACGUAUGAAACGACGAAACUAAUAGCUAUCAUAAUUUUCAACAAUACCCCUCAUCGCUGCGGAUAGGAGCUCUGAAAAAGAAUGUCAGAUACAAAGCGUCUUGCAUUCUCCAUCAUUCAGUUUCUCCACAAUCAGCUUGACAGCGGAGGCCUAUCUUCAGAUGCGCAGGAAAGCUUAGAAGUUGCUAUCCAGUGCCUGGAGACAGCGUUUAGUGUCUCUGCCGAAGACAAGAGCCUAGCAAUUGAACAGACAUUGCCAGAGCUUUUUGCAUCAGCUUCAGUCACGCAUCCACAGACCCCUCAGGUAAAUGUCAACUCUUUCUCAGUCGCCCCAACGGAUGAAGAGGUUGCGGAGGCAGAGAGGCUCAAAACAGAAGGAAAUGAGAAGAUGAAGGAGGAGAAUUUCAGCGAAGCUAUGUUAUACUACUCCAAGGCCAUUGAGAUAAAUCCACAGAAUGCAGUUUACUACUGUAACAGGGCUGCAGCGUACAGUAAACUGGGGAACUAUGCAGGAGCUGUGCAGGACUGUGAACUGGCCAUCGGAAUUGACCCCAACUACAGCAAAGCUUAUGGCAGAAUGGGGUUGGCCCUGGCGAGUUUAAACAAACACACAGAAGCUGUUGAAUUCUACCGGAAAGCACUGGAGCUGGAUCCAGAAAAUGACACCUAUAAAUCAAAUCUAAAAAUCGCUGAGCAGAAAAUGAGAGAAGCACCGAGUCCAACCGUUGGAAUGGGUGGGGCUGAUCUGGCAGGCUUGCUCAAUAACCCAGGGUUCAUGAAUAUGGCUUCUACUCUAAUGACAAACCCACAAGUGCAGCAAAUGGUCUCGGGAAUGAUGUCAGGGUCAUAUGGCUCAACUGGGGCCACAGCUGCCCCUGGGGGCCCCGCUGGAAUGGGCAUGGGGCCCGGUGGUGCGGGGCCCGGUGACCUCUCUGGCCUCAUCUAUGCGGGCCAGCAAUUUGCGCAGCAGAUGCAGCAGCAGAACCCCGAGCUCAUCGAACAGCUGAGGAACCAGGUUCGCAGUCGGCCUCCCAGUUCCAGCAACGAGGAGCAGCCUUGACGUUACACGCGGUAAAGAUUUGUAUGAAGAGAACUGAAGAUGGACUGUCCUUUAUAUUAUGUUCAUUAUUUUUGGAACGUGAGGUAGAACAAUGCGUAUCAAGUAACGCUUGCAUGUUUGGCUACAUUUUAAUGGCCAGUCUUCAAAAGAAAUGAAUGCUAAACUGCAAGGAAAUGUAGAUUUAGGAUGAGCUGUUUUUACACAGAACGGAUUAUGUGAAUGUCAACUAUAUGACCUAACGAAAUAUGUCCCAACAGUGUAGCACAUGGUUUAACUAUUAUAUGUCAUUAAGUGUAGCAAAUCAAGACAUGCAACUCUACAGUUCUUUGACAAAAGAAAAACUGUCAAGCUAUGUAUGAUUUGAUUUAAAACACUGGAUUUUCUGAAAACCAUGUGUAUGUACAUAUAUUGGAAAUGGCAAGGAAUACAUGUUCAGGGUUGUGAACAUUGAAAUUAAAUGACAAAAUUGCAAAGUGUUUUUAUGUUUGUCAUAUUGUCAUUCAGAAAGAACAACAUGUUUAGACAUUUUCCUGUUGGCUCGGACAAUUUGACUUGGUUAUUCUUUCUCAUUUUGUGAUUAAAACAAUAUAUAAUGUUCUUUAACA